CUGCUGUUAUACGUUAAGUGUUACUUUUCCUUUGAAGGAAGUGCCUUUUGCAGACGAUGCAACAAACCAUCUGAGUGCAUUUUAAACAAGGACAAAUGUCGUUUGUUACAGAAAUUACGAGUGAGGCCCAAUUUAAGACAGAAAUUCUUGACACGCCGGGGACGUUACAAGUCAUCGAAGUGUUCCAGUCUUGGUGUGGACCAUGUAAAGCGGUGCAGUCUACAUUCAAGCGCUUAUACUUUGACCUGAACGACAGGCCACUGAAGUUCUACUCGAUCGCCGCGGAGAGGCUGCCCAUGAUGCGCGAGUACGUCGGCAAGUGCAUCCCUGUGUUCCUUUUCUACAAGGACGGCAAGCAGCUCGAGGUGGUUGUCGGGGUGCAAGCACCCGCUCUGAACAGGCUGGUGAUGGAGUUCUCGGCGGUGAAGGCAGCGGCAGGCGCGUAAUCCCCCUCGAAUGUGUGUGUGGGGUGGAUUACUGGUGACAAUAAUGGCGGCGGUGUGGUGACGCGAAGGGUGGAAUACCUGGGUGGUGAGAAGUGGACGAUGUAGGGGUUGUAGGGCGUAUGCCGCGAUUCGGGGAAUGGGAAGAUUGGGGGCCUGGAGGGAGUCCUGAACACCCACAAGAAACGGUUCCUGCAUGGUUGGCUCCUUGACGAGGCGGGGGAUGGGAACGGGGCGCGGAGGCAGCGUCGGCGGAAGGGGAACCUCUUGACACGCCUGAGGAAGAGAAGUGGGGUGGGCAUGGGGUUGAGGAAUUUGGGGUUUUGUCGUUACGGGUUUUGUCACGGCCGGGUCCGCUGUGAAGGCAGUCGGUUGGGUGGUUCGGUGUGCGCUGGUUAGGUUCGCGGACAGGCGGCUGGGUCCUCAGUCGCAAGUGGGUUUCGGAGCCGUACGUCAUGUCUGGAAAGCGUGAGGAGCGCUGUUGUCGCCCACUGGGGAAAGAAGCGGGGCUGGGCGCCCCACCCGGCGUUACUAAACAACCUGGCUGCGGUACUUUAACUGCAUGUGCUGCAUGCGGAGAACCUGCCGAUAGGCAGUACGGCAUGCGGAUCACGACGGUGCCCUUUUAAAGAGGGAUUGCUUGGUCUUAUGACGGGAAACCCGCUGACUCCGUUGUGUCAUUAAAGUGGCCGCCGGAAUACAGGCAUACAUACGCACAUACAUACACACAGGGUUUUGUGUUUGCGGUUGGUGGCGUGUGCAUGGCGGCGUCGGCCGCAGCUGCAGCUAGAGCUGCAUGGCUCUUUAUGAGCGGGGCGGCUUGGCCGGGUGGCAAGGCACACCGCACGUAUACACGGGGGGGUGCUGUGGUGAGAUGUGGAUGGAUGCGUGGAUGCAGUUACCUUGGUUAAUGUUGCUCCGGGCCAGUGCUGGUGCAACCACACUUUUAAAUCCACAUCCACAUUCACAUACGCAUUUAGCUCGCCUUCGCAUUGAUGUGUGGCGGCUGUCAUUGACGUCAUUCGCUGUAAAGAGAUGCACGCUGUG